UUCUUAAAUUACAGUGUUUUAAAAUCUCUGGAAAUCUUUAGAAAUCUCUAGAAAUCUUUGGAAAUCUCUGGAAAUCUUUAGAAAUCUUUGGAAAUCUUUGGAAAUCUUUAGAAAUCUUUAGAAAUCUUUGGAAAUCUUUAGAAAUCUUUGAAAAUCUCUUGGAAUCUUUCAGAAUCUUGAAAUCUUGAAAUCUGCUUUUUCCCCCUUGUAAAAAUCGCUACUUUAAGCGAUUUUAUCGCGAUAUAAUCUCACAAUUAAUCGGCAUGAUAAAUCGCGAUAAAUCGCCGAUUUUUAAGCAAUUUUCACCACAUGGAGAUAUUUCAGAAAAAACUUGUUGAUAACAAGUUUUUAUGCUCUUAUCAAAAUAAUUAACUUGUUUUAUUUCAAAAACCAUACAUUUUUUUCUUCUGUUUCUCAAUCUAUCUCAUUUGUUUAAUCGAUAUGCGCUUUAUUUUUAAAAAAAUGCUUUCGAAACUGUAUCAGUUCAGUUAAACUUAUCUCAUACAUUUUUUGUGAAGAUCAAAUUUAGGUUCGAGCCAUUGUCGAAAGAGAAGCGUUACGUUAUUGGUAAAGAUCAAGUGAAUAAAACUUCAUUCUCUAAAUGUGCGAAACAUCUUUUUUUAAAAUUAACUUCUACCUAUACCUUCAAAUUAUAAGAAAAUACUUAAAAAACAAUGCACAAAACGCUCAAGAUUCGGCCUUUUCGAAUGAGUGAUAUUUUGACUGUUUUGUUACGUUGAUGAUUUUCCUUUAAAAUUGAUAAAAACUUUUUAAUAAUUAGCUGUUUUCUUCAAGGUAAAAAUCUAUAAGCAUCUAGAAUGAAAGUUCGCCCCUAAUAUCACUUUUAUCUUAUGAACAAACUUCAUAAACUAGCCGGUUUUUACCAGUCUGGAAUUAUUUUUUAGACCGACCGGACCGAACCGGUCUAAAAAUUUUAGACGGGUUACAACUCUGCUCUACAUCAUAGAAAAUCUCUAAUAAUAAAAUUUAAACUACAGGACUGCACGAUGAACUGAAAAAAAAGGGUUUCCAGUGAUAAAAAUCACUAGAAACCAUCAAAAAGUGAAAACAAUGUUGAAAUUUAUCUAAUAUGGCAAGACAAAGCUAUUACAAAAAGAAUGAUGAUUUUUUAUUGCAGAUGCUUCAACUGAGGCUGUAGCAGCAGCCACCAGUACCAUAAACACUGAAGCCAGCUCCAUUACUCUACAGAUAUCGACCAUGGCAAUCAACCCUCGAGUAAAUAGAGUGAUUCCCAAUAUUCCAGUAAAUGCCCGAUGGGCACAGAAUGCGGUGACUGUUGCAAAAGGCAAUGGAAAAGGCGAUGCUCUCAAUCAACUUAACGACCCUUGCGGCCUCUCCGUUGAUGAUGAUCAAAUGAUUGUCAUCGCUGAUUGUUCCAAUCAUCGUAUCGCUCAAUGGAAGGCGACUGAUACGAAAGGACACGCUGUAGCUGGUGGUCAUGGCCCAGGAUAUCAAUUGAACCAAUUGAAUUGUCCAACCGAUGUGCUGAUCGACAAAGAGACAGACAGUCUCAUUAUUUCUGAUCAAGAUAAUCAACGAGUUGUACGAUGGUCUCGUCAUAGUGACACAACUGAAGGAGAGAUCCUCUUCAACAAUAUCCGUCCUGGGGGAUUGGCCAUGGACGACCAGAGAUAUCUCUACAUCUCUGACAUUGACAAUGAUGAAGUGCGACGAUAUCAAAUAGGAAACAAGAAUACAAUUCGCGUAGCUGGUGGGCAUGGCCAAGGUCAUGACCUUAAUCAACUCAACUAUCCGACUUAUCUCUUUGUCGAUCGACUACAGGCUGUCUACGUGUCAGACUUUAAAAAUCAUCGUGUGAUGAAAUGGGAUAAAGGUGCAACAGAAGGGAUUGUUGUCGCUGGGGGUCACGGCCCAGGGAGUGACCUGAUGCAAUUAUCGUAUCCUCAGGGGCUCUUCGUCGAUACGUUGGGUACUGUCUAUGUGGCAGACUCUUGCAACAACCGAGUGAUGCGUUGGCCUCGAGGAGCAACAGAAGGCACUGUUAUUGCAGGUGGAAAUGGCUCCGGAACACAAGCAAAUCAGUUGAGUUGGCCCAGGGGUUUGUCCUUCGAUCAUGUUGGCAAUCUCUAUGUCGUCGAUUGGCAGAAUUAUCGUGUUCAACAAUUCUCUAUCAAAUAGACUUCAAUCAAUUGAUUAUUUUUUUCUUUUUCUCAAAUAAAUCACGUUGAAUUGAUGAAAAGAAUGGCUAUUCUAUUCCUAGGGGUGUGGGUGUGGGCGGGGUGUGGAUGUGGGUGGGUGUGGGUGUGAGUGUGUGGGUGUGGGUGUGGGUGUGGGUGUGGGUGUGGGUGUGGGUGUGGGUGGGUGUAGGGUGUGGGUGUCGGUGUCAGUGUGGAUAUCUUCUCGUAACACACACCCACACCCACACUCACCCCACACCCACACACACCCCCACACUCACCCACACCCACACCCACACCCCACACCCACCCACACCCCCCACACCCACCCACACCCACACCCACACCCCCACCCACCCACAUCAGUCAGGGCACCUAAGAAACUCGAAAUUUCCGUAACUUGACCAGCUACAGUCCCUAGAACGAACUAAACACUGAGAAGCUCUUCUCUUAAUCUGCCCCCUCCCCACCAAAACUCAUGCGACGAAACCCCCAAAAAGCAACAUGAAUCCAUCCAGCUCAAAGCGAAAAAUACCACAGAGAACCCUCAACUAUACUGAAACACCAUACAGAUCCAAAUGGCAAUCAAUAUCAGAUUCUCGAUAAAAGUUCGGUCAGCUGAGAUGUAGAACACCUAACAGCACCAGCCCGUCCCUUCCAGAACCUUCCCAUUACCGCCUUUAUUCCUAACAACACCAAUAUUUAUCUAAUGACCAGCACAGAAACUCUUACGACUCUAUUUAGCAACGAAUUCGGCAUCUGCCACAACCACCUAGAACUAUAGCACAGAAACAUGAUCGGUUCGGGACUCUGGACAAUAUCUAACAGCCGAAUAUCCCCUCUAAAACCAGUGUUUUUCCAUGAACCUUCGUUUUUUGCCUGAUAACCCCGUCUGAAAAUAGCACCAUUCAAUUCAGAAUCGAAUUCUGAAUCCAGCACAACCAACUAGAAGAAUAGCACUGGUGAGCAAGCGAAUCUGGACAAUAGGGGGCGAAUCUGGACAAUAUAUACCGGCCCAAACCUCCUCCAAAAACCAGCUUUUCCCAUGAACCCUCGAUUUUUGCCUGCCACCCCCCCCUGAAAAUGACACCAUUGGGUUCAGAAUAAAAUUCUGCAUCCAGCACAUCUAUCGAGAACAAUAGUACAAAGACACAAUCGAAUCGGGACAACGUAUACUUCCAACAAUAGGCUCCGGUUCCAGUUUUUCUAGGAGUGAGCCCCAUUUUUUGGUAGGUAACCCCCCCCCCCCCCCCCUUGAAAAUGAUAUUAUUCGAUUCAGAAUCAAACUCUGCAUUCAGCACAACGAACUAGAAGAAUAGCACAGGUG